CCUAGUUACCUUGUUGAAAUAACUGGGGCACAAAUAUUCUUGUCAUUGCUUAUUCAGUGAUUCGUUCGUUUUAGACAUUUAAAAGAUUUUCUUCUGGAUUUUGAGUUGCAAGUGACAUGGCAGUGAAUGUAUUCCAUGUGGAAUUUGGUAUCAAUGAGACUGAACUGACACAGGCACUAGAGCUCCAGCAUUACUCUAGGGCAGAACAACUUAUCAGAAAUACCAGCUCUGCUUCGUACUUGGAUGAAGGUUGCUACCAGAGGAUUCCUUUAUACAUAUCUCUGUGUGGUCAGUCUAUUGAUGGAGUAUCCAACAUUCCAGUCAAUCUCUACAUAGCAAAACUACUGAUAGAAUAUGGAGCCAAUGUUAAUUUAAGAAUACCAGAGACAUAUUAUGGCUGUGAAUACGUAGGUCCAGGGAAGACUGUCCUGGAAUUACUGGUGGAUAUGUACAAUGAUGUAUAUAGACACCAGCCUCUGUUAGCAUAUGGGGACAAAUCAAGACUUGGAGUGUUAUGGAGCCCUGAAAAAGGACAAAAUAACUGGACAACUGUGAUAGGAAUGACAAAUGAGAUCCUUACAACAAAAGAACAACUCCAAGAUGAUAUUUUAGACUUGAUAUUUAUUAUUCUUUCUAAUGGAGGAGACCCAAACAUCCGUGAUAUAAACCAAAUGACCCCACUUCAUAAUACUGUGAUAUUGAGUGACAAUGUAGCCUUGGCAAGACUCCUGUGUGAGAGUGGAGCAGAUGUUGAGGCUGUGGACAUCAGGGACAACACCCCCCUCACUGCCAUGUGUGAUGCCUUUCCUUUUGGUAUAAGAAAAUUUGUAGAAAAUCACCCCAUUGCUGAUCCUUACAGCAAAGGGAACAAUUUGGAGGACAAGGAAGAAUUCUUAGAAUAUUUACUGUCCAGAGAGGAAAAUGCUGUGAAUGUUCAAGGCUACCAGGGUCGCACUGCAUUGUUCAACUGUAUGGUUAGAGGAGAUAUGGAAAGUGUCAUAAAGCUUUUGAAGGCUGGAGCAAACCCGUGUAUUAAAGGAAAAUUGAAGGAGGACAAAGGGACAAUCAGGGAAGUGUCUCCACUGUUAGCUGCGCUAGCUUCUCUCAGAGUGGUCAGUUCUCACCUCCUGAAACGUUUGCCACAUUUGAUUCCAAAGAAUCUCCAGUUUUUAGCUCAUCUUGUUGAUAGUGGUUUCUUUUCAAAGAAAGAGAUAGCUGAUGAGCUGGCGGAAUAUUUGGAUGAACAGACAGAUUUAUCACAUUUAAAAAGAUUGGGGAUUGAGCUCAUUUCCCGCCUGUUUGGAGGUCUAUCAGCAACGUUAUACCAGCAGUGUAGCCGUGUGAUAUUCCAGAAAACUGUUUUUGACAAGGACCAGUUCUCCUCAGAGUCCAACCAAUAUCAAUCACAAAACUUACAUGAAGAUGUCUUUACAGAUAACUACAUAGAAUAUUUGACAAGCCAAAUCAAUUCACAGGUUUUAGAGUCACUUGUGGUCCGAGAGAAGCUACCAAAAGACGUCAUUCUCAGUCUUGAAAUUGAAUUAUUCCGCCAGAGAUUGUGUGCUAGAGUUGGUACAUACAAAUGGUUUGAAUAUUAUGAUGAAGAGUUGGAUGGCUGGUUGGGGUACAGUGACAGUGAAGAGGAGUCUGCAAGUGACGAAGGAGAUUCUGAUUUGGAAUACUGGUGACUUAUGCAAAAGUUUCCAAGUGACAUGAUGUUAGAAAAUGUUUUCUAAUACAGCUUUAAACAAAGGAACAGCUUAAAGUUUGUGCAACAUUCCACUGGCAUCCAACAGGCAUAAGCACAUACAUGUAAAUGUAGGCUACUUGGUUCUUUUUUAACCUGUGCAUUUUUUGACUGGAGGCAACUAUGAAUACAAUCAAGUACGAAAAUGCCACAAGUGUAUUAAAUAUAAAUAAUUUUAUUUUUUUGUCAUAUUUCACUUCAUUUUAAGAUUUGUUUGCUUCUCAUGUCCAAUAUACUGAUAUUUGCUGCAGCUUUGAAAAUGAAAAAGUUUAGAGUACUUGAAAUUUUAAAUUGCACCCUUUCAGUGCUGCAAAUUGCCAUAAUUUCUUCAUUAGUAUGGGGUCUCCCUCAGUCAAUUAGAAUGCGUUUAACAAAGACUUUAUAACAAAUGAACAUUUGUAUCCCAUAUAAAUUCACAUUU